GGGACUUGAAAUGAGGAAACAUCUAGAAUCAACUCACCUGCAACAUACAUUUCUGAUUUUGUAAUUAGUGCAAGUCUACCUAUACUUUACCCAAGCCUUUAGAAUUAUGUUGUAUUUAAAAGUUGGAUUAAUACUUGGAUUCAUGCAUCGUUGUAACUCAAUAGCAAAAAUUGUUGAUGGAUACUUUGGUGACACAGAAGCAUGUCCCGGUGGCUACACUAUAUGGAGUUCUUGGUGCUAUAUUCUGGACUCUGACCCUAAUACCUUCAGUAUGAAGAACUGGGCUUGUACGCAGAACAAUGAUGUCUCUGUCAGCAUAUCUAGUCAGGAUGAAGAUAAUUUUAUCAAAGGAUUGAUAGGGUCAACAAUCAUAUGGAUAGGAUUGCGAGAUGACCUCCAGGAAGGGGACUUUGCAUGGAGUGAUGGUACCUUUUUGAAUUACACAAACUGGGCUACUGAUAACCCAAGAACAAGUCCGGAUGGUGAUGACUUAGAUUGUGUGGUUUUAUCCAACAACUUUGUAGGAUGGCAAAAUAUAAACUGUGAUAACAGCUCCCAUGGAAUACUAUGCAAGAGAGAUGCCAUCAAAACUGAUGGUGCAUGGACAGCGUGGAGUGCGUGGAGCAGCUGUAUCAGUGAGUGCGGAGAGGGGCAGUCAGAGCGUAGGAGGUCUUGUACCAACCCUGCACCCUCAGGUGGAGGCAAUACUUGCUCUGGGGAAAGUCAGGAAUCAAGAAAAUGUGAAUCAAAUGACAAAUGUCAAAAACUUGGAACAUUGUUCAAAGCCCACAGAGAAAAAAAGCUGGUGUCUCAUACAUACCAUACAUUGACGGCACAUGGGUUGGCCCACUGUGCCAUUGUCUGUCACCAAGACACUGCAUGUCGUUCCUUCAACAUAGAUAAUACACAGAAGUAUGAGAGGCAAUGUGAAUUGAAUGAUAAAAACAGACUUGAGUUCUCAUCAGAUUUCCACACAUCUUCAAAACAUGACUAUUAUGACACAACAUUCUAA